GCGACGACGACGCUCGCUGAGGAGGCCCGGUUCGACCCAUCCUGAGCUGCGCUGAGCUGAGCUGCUGCUGCUGCCUGUGGGUGCCAGCGGCGGCGGAGGAGGAAAGCAGUGGGCCUCGGCGCUCCCCUUGACGGGGUCGGCGGGAGGAUGAGUGCGGCCCGAGAGUCCCACCCGCACGGGGUGAAGCGCUCAGCCUCCCCUGACGACGAUAUUGGAUCUAGCAACUGGGAGGCAGCCGACCUGGGCAAUGAAGAAAGAAAACAAAAGUUUUUAAGACUAAUGGGAGCUGGAAAGAAAGAACACACUGGCCGUCUUGUUAUAGGAGAUCACAGGUCAACAUCUCACUUCAGAACAGGGGAAGAAGACAAGAAAAUGAAUGAAGAACUGGAGUCUCAGUAUCAACAGAGUAUGGACAGUAAAUUAUCAGGGAGAUACCGGCGACAUUGUGGACUUGGCUUCAGUGAGUUAGAGGAUCCUGAUGGGGAAGGUGAUGCUGCUGGAAAUGAUGAUGACGAUGACGAUGAUGAUGACUCACCUGACCCUGAAAGUCCAGAGGACUCUGAAAGUGAUUCAGAGUCUGAGAAAGAGGAAUCUGCUGAAGACCUACCUGCUACUGAACAGCCAGAGGAAGUGGAGGACCCCAAAGCUAAGAAGGAUGCAAAGAGCAAUUACAAAAUGAUGUUUGUUAAGUCCAGUGGUUCAUAACUCCGAAAGUGUGAUUAGUCUUUGUAUUCAAAGUAAGCCUUAUUGUUAUAAUGCACAGUGGAGGACUGCUUCUAUAGCACAGACCUUUGUAUUAUAAUUUUAAAAAAAGGCCCUUUUAAAUAAUUACAAAGAGUGUUUGCUUUCAGAUGCCAUGGAUUACAAUUUUAUGGGCAUGAUUAUAUCCAUUUUUGUAAAAUAUAAGAGUUGCAUUGUACAAAAGACAAAUAAAUAUGAUUCCCAGCUUCCUUUCACAUUA